CAAGUCAGACCUACACUGUUUCAAUAUCCAUUUCUCUGUUCUCAAUUGUUGAUGACUGAUGAUAACCAAACUUGAUGUCACAUCAUGGAUGGAAAAAUGCAUUUUUAGACAAUAUGAUUUGCCGGAGCGACUAGCAGACAGAGUAUCAAGCGGUAGAAAAUGGAAUGGAAGGACAGAUUUAAAAAAACAUUUUUUAAACUUUUUUUAAAAACUUGAGGCUUCCCGCGGGCCGGAUUUUGGACGUUGGCGGGUCUAAUCCAGCCCGCAGGCCGUAGUUUGGGGACCCCUGAUGUUUACAAUAGGUAUUGUGGGUCAGUGUAGUGCAGUAAAAGCCAGCCAGCAUGACAAAAACUACAGUCUAAAACUCAGAGCAUGUUAAACAAUGAGUCCUACCCACUUCUCCAAAGUGGGCUGGCUCAGGGUGGAGGACAGAGUAAAACAACUUGCACUGAGCCUAGUCUAUAAAAUCCGCUACACCUCCCUGAUACCGAAGUACAUGUCAAACUACUUCCUUAACGUAAAUGACCACAACACCAGGGGAGCUCCACUACCCACACAGCAGAAGACUGCUAUACGGAUCCGCCUUCAAGUCGCCCAACCCGCGUUACUGUCACAUUCGUUUUGGCUCCGCCUAGAGGAUACAGCUCCGCCUCUGAAAAUUGUACGGUCAGACAGCUGAUCCUGAGCGGACUCGUGUCUGAUUCGCAUACGCGGACGCGACAAACUAAACCGGCGCGCGCCGCCUAGAGUUAUAGGCUCCGCCUACGCGCGCUGAGCCGACCAAUGUCUGCACCCGCAGACGUGGACGCGCCUACUAGCGUGUACGCGCAUGAGCCAAGAUCUCUGGACUUUCUUUGCUGGAACACGAACGUAAGUAUAGAUUUAUUUAUUUAUUGCUACAUUCGCAGUAAAGAUCAGCCUUUGUGUUUCCAUCAUCAUUUAUGUAUGAUUGUAAUGACGUUGUUUGAUAUUAGGACUAGCAGUAAAACUUUAUAUUCUGUAAAAAAAAGGCUAUUUUAUUUCCAGCGCCGCCUCCCAGAAUGCUUUGCAUGGGGACGUGCGUCUGACGUCACGUAUCCAGAAAUUUCAAAAUGGCUGCACGCGGUAGGUGAGGCCCGAGCGAAGAAAAGUGGAAAAGAGUGUUAUUCGUCAAAAACCCCACACAACGACGGUCAUUUUUUCGCCGUGCUAUUGUAAAAUUGUCUUUUAUCUGUGUUUUGUGUUCCGGGGGACCCCGACUCCAGAAUGUGAAAGUUUCCCGCAUGAAGCCGUGGAGCUCGAGAUCCUGUUUACUGUGGACUAGCUGUGUGUGACGCCCUGUUGUUUUUGUUUCCAUUACAAAAAAGAAGCUCCACCGUCUCGCCGAGUGCCAGCAAGAGUCAUGAGUACUUGUCAACUCGACUCCUCAACUGGAGAUAACUUUCUAGCACCUCACCAUGGGGAAGGAUGUAUUCAUAUGCCUUCACCAGCACAUGCAUUAAACAUGCAGAGUUACACAAGUUCUUACCACCUUGGGGCCCCAUUCAGGUGCCUUUUCAUCUGAUUAAAUUUAUAAUGAACAGGGACAUUGCGGUUGUCCCAAGUGGAUGGUAUGAUGAUAGGAUGGUUUUCUGGCCCAGCUAUGAAAACACCGACAGAAUUGAAAGGGCCGCUUUAAAUGAGGUGCAGCAUGAGCCAAACUGGCCAAGAUUUGACGUUUCUGUUGUCCGAACUUGUGACAACUACAAAGACGCAUUAAAAAUAAUGCAACAAUAUGGAAAGGGCUGCAACACCUCAGACCUGCAAUCUGAGGCAGAGAAUGAGGAGCUGCCAGAAAAAAGGAACAGGAAGCCAGUCCAUCGUCUCGGGGACUCAGAUGAUAGCGAAGAAGACCCGGGAAAUAGUGACCUCACAUCUCUGGGGUUGGCAAGCCAAUUGCAAAGGCAGACUCCACCGUCUCGCCGAGUGCCAGCAAGAGUCAUGAGUACUUGUCAACUCGACUCCUCAACUGGAGAUAACUUUCUAGCACCUCACCAUGGGGAAGGACGCAUUCAUAUGCCUUCACCAGCACCUGCAUUAAACAUGCAGAGAGUUACACAAGGAACGGCAGUCCCUCCUCGACUCCCUCCACCCCCCUCACCAGCAGCCCUCAACAUGUGGCAGACAGAGGAGCCUGGAUCCAUCCUGGCCUACAGGCCAACAUGGCGAGGGGAAAGAAUGGCCGACAACAUUUCCUGCUCUGCGCCUGAGGUAAUCCAGAUCCUUAGCCUGCUGGAAACUAUUAAGCACAACCAAGACCAGCUGAUUGCGAAGGUGCUGUGAGUAAAAAUGUGUUGACAAGGUCAGCCACGGACGCCGAGGUCACCAAACACGCCAUCAGGUGGUUCAACUUGGCGGGGGAUCGGGCAACGAGGAGACGAGUCCCGCUUCCACCUCCUCAGGAGGAAUAGAGAUGUAUACGUAUAAAUA